AUGCGUGGUGUAGACGUGGAAGCCGCCGCCGAGUUCUGGGGUCGUAAUGGCUCUCCGCCUCAGGUCCGUGAGGGAGCUGGGGUCACUCGUCCCGAUGAGCCAAUUCGUGUACCAAGCGGCGAGUCUUGCAACGAUAGUUCUGUCGGUCCAUCUUCCUACCGUCCUCCUGUACUUGCUAGCGAACGUGUCCUUCUCUGGACCACUCCUCACGGUGUUACUUUUCAAAAUCAGCUAGAACAGCUUUAUCCAGAGUCAUAUAUUGUCAAAUUAUUCUUUGUCAUGGCAGAGUCCCUUGAUGAAAGCACCCGCAAUGGCUACGGCGCAGGCCUGCUACAUUUUAACCAAUUCUGUGAUCGUCUCUCCAUACCGGAACAAGACCGUAUGCCUGCCUCCGAGGUCCUUCUUUCCAUCUUCAUUGCAGAUGCUGCCGGCUCAAUCUCCAGUAGCACCGCGGAUGACUGGCUCGCUGGCCUUCGCUUUUGGCACGUUAUUAACGGCGCUCAGUGGCACGGUGAACGCUCGGAAUGUCUUCGUCACGUCCAGCGUGGUCUUCACCAUCUCGCUCCGCCAAAUUUGAACUCCGAGCACCCUCCUCCGAUCACUCUUGAGUCGCUCAUUCAGUUAUACCAAGGCCUUGACCACUCCAAUACCUUCGAUACGGCAGUUUUUUCCAUAGCUUGUCUCGUUUUCUGGUGCGGUUGUCGUAUGGAGGAACUAGUCAUUCCCGCUUCGGAUUCUUUUGAUAUGACCAAGCACGUAACCCGCUCCAUCUUACCCAUUGUCACUCAAGAGUCAAACAAUGUGCGUCACUCGACCUUGCACAUACCAUGGACCAAAACCACAGGUUAUAACGGCGCCGAUAUCAAUGUUACCUCCAGAGACCAUCUUACAUGUCCUCACGCAGCCCUCUUUCAUCAUCUCAAGGCCAGUCCCAACAUUCCAUCUCACGCUCCUCUCUUCUCCUUUCAAACCCCCACCGGCGCCUGGGCUUCCAUGGCUGAACAGUGGUUCCUGAAGCGUUGCAACCAGAUCUGGAGCCCCUGA